AUGCACUUCCAGCAAAUCAGUCUUAUCGGUCUUACCAUUGCACUCGCCGCAGCGUCCCCCGCCCAGCCGAACCUGAAAGUGCUGCAUGCUCGUGAAGAAAACAACAAAGGCCCCUAUAUCAACCCCGAACACCCGAAAAUGAGCCUUGACGAGCAAUGUACGUGGAAGGGGGCUGCUGGAUUCGGCUAUUGGAAUGUCGUAAUCAACGAUGCCAGCGAUUUCACCGAUGACACGUGCGGUUCUGGGUUCCUCGACAAUAUCAACGGCCGGGGUUGCUCGGUUACAGGCUGGGGUUGCCACUAUGCCGAUGAUGGCAAGACGAUGAACGCCGGGUUCAAGACUGAUUUCUUUUGUAGUGCUGAUGAUAUCAGCAGCGCUAUCAAUGCCGCAUUUGGCGGAAAGGAUGUGUUUUGUGGGGACUAUGAUUUACACGUUGUGUGUGAUGACGAUGAUAGCUGCACGAUGCUUGGAAACCCAGAUGAUAUUUAG